AUGGAAGGAUCUAGCGGCUCCAGUUUUGGAAUCGACACGAUCUUGUCUAAUCCCCGCUCCGGCAGCCCGGGCAUGAUGAACGGAGACUUUCGGGCGGCCCACGGCGAGGCCAGGGCGGCGGAUUUUCGCAGCCAGGCCACCCCGUCGCCCUGCUCGGAAAUAGACACGGUGGGGACAGCGCCUUCGUCGCCCAUCUCGGUCACCGCGGAACACCCCGAGCAGCAGCAGCACCUGGUGCCCGACGGACUCCCUCCGCAGCAUCUCCACCUGCAUCACGGCCAGCACCCGCCGCCUCCAAGUUUGCAGCCGUCGCCCCAGCAGCAGCCGCCGCAGCCGCAGCCGCCUCCGCCGGCGCCGCAGCUGGGCUCGGGCGGCUCCGCGCCCCGGACUUCCACCUCUUCCUUCCUCAUCAAGGACAUUCUGGGAGACAGCAAACCGCUGGCGGCCUGCGCCCCGUACAGCACCAGCGUGGCCUCGCCGCAUCACACGCCCAAGCCGGAGAGCAACGCGGCCGGGGAAGCCUUCCGGCCCAAGCUGGAGCAGGACGACGCCAAGAGCAAGCUGGACAAGCGCGACGACGCCCAGAACGAGCUCAAGUGCCACGGAACGAAAGAAGAAGGCGAUCGUGAAAUCACAAGCAGCCGGGACAGCCCCCCGGUGCGAGCCAAGAAGCCCCGCAAGGCGCGGACGGCCUUCUCGGACCAUCAGCUCAACCAGCUGGAGCGGAGUUUCGAGCGGCAGAAGUACCUGAGCGUGCAGGACCGCAUGGACUUGGCGGCCGCCCUCAACCUGACCGACACCCAGGUCAAAACCUGGUACCAAAACCGGAGGACCAAGUGGAAGCGGCAAACGGCUGUGGGGCUGGAGCUGCUGGCCGAAGCAGGGAAUUACUCGGCUCUGCAGAGGAUGUUCCCGUCGCCCUAUUUCUACCACCCCAGCUUGCUGGGCAGCAUGGACAGCACCACAGCAGCCGCGGCGGCCGCGGCCAUGUACAGUAGCAUGUACCGGACUCCGCCUGCUCCUCACCCGCAGCUGCAGCGGCCCCUGGUCCCCCGGGUGCUGAUCCACGGCCUGGGGCCCGGGGGGCAGCCGGCCCUCAACCCCUUGUCCAACCCCAUCCCGGGGACGCCUCACCCGCGGUGA